AUGGUGAUGUCUAUUGUCAAAGAAAAUAGUGGAAGUAUAUAUGUGGUCACAACAGAAGGAAAAAUCAUACAACUAUUGAAUGGUUCGUGGUCCGAGUUGGCGGACGAAUGUAACAAAGAGUUACGCGUUAAACGCAUUAGUUGCUGCUCAACUUCUUUGUGGGCUAUUUGUGGCGAUCAUCAAGUGCAUAUGCGAUUGGAGUCGGAGUUGCCAAUCCGUAUUAGAGAAGAGUCCUACGAAAAUCAAAGAUGGAAUCCUAUUGACGGUUUUUCUAAUAAACUCUUACCCACUGACAGACCAUUUUAUUCAAGCCAAGAUGGCUUAACUGACAGAGACCUCAAAAGAGUUAAGUUGCCUAGCCAAGCAUGGGUAUGGGAUGAACAAUGGCACCUUGAGUUGCUGCAUGAAGGGCAACACCUUGAUGCUGAGGGUUGGAUGUAUGCAGUUGAUUUCCCCCGAGCUUAUUCCAAUACAAAAGCUUGGAACUCCUGUGUGAGGAGGAGGAAAUGGGUACGAAAUCGGCGAUAUAAUGGUCUUCGAACUUGGGUUUCCCUACCCCCAGUGGUACUCAACGAUAUGAUGGAACCAUUCAUCGAUAUUGCAACGGGCGGUGCCGAAAUACCAGGUGCUGUGUCCGGUUUCGUGGCUGUAUGGGCAGUAACAAUUAAUGGUCUUCUACUCUACAGAGAAGGGGUAAAUUUGUUAACGUGUCCCGAUGGUACCAACUGGAAGCAGAUCGAAACACCACAAGGAUGUGAACCGUGCCAAGUCAGUGUAGGUCCUCAAGGAGUCGUCUGGAUUUUGGCUUGGACUGGCCAGUUAUUAACUCGUAACGGAGUGACCUGGAAUUGUGAAACAGGAAUCACUUGGUACGAGGUACCGCCUCCCUUUAAGGGACUAUCUUUCAGUCAUAUAUCAGUGGGACUCAAUUCGACUUGGGCAGUUAGCCGUGAAAAUGAAGUUUGGUUGAGAAAGGGGCUGGACUCGUCCAUACUUGGAUCAAGCUGGACGGCCAUGGUUGGCCAGAUGAACUUGGUUUUUACGGGAUCUGGCAGCCAAGUAUGCGGUCUUUCAAUACAAGACCAAAAAAUUUACUUACGGACAGGCAUAAAAACGGAAGAGUCCGGAGGACGAUCUUGGAAGAUGCUCAAAACGGAUGACAUGACUUUCGUCUGGCUGGCUUUUGAUGGAAAAGGUUGCAUACACCGUCUGGAAGACGGCACUGAUUCUUAUUGGACAGAACCUUGGAGAGCCGAGAUUUUACAGAAGCUGCGUGAACGCCAUAGUGAGUGGCAGGACAAAUUUGCUGAAUAUUCCACGGCAGCUGAAAUUACUGAUUGGAUCAAGAACGGCCGAGUUUUGUUACAUAAUCGUUGGGUCAACCUUGGGUUACGCUGCUGCAGUCAAGAACCCUUACUGGAUGUAGAAGAUUUGCGGCUAUUGGCUGUUGAAAUCACUGCCGUACGACGUACCGGAGAUCUCGGACUAGUUGUCCACCAUCUACAGAAUUCACCAAUAAAGCUUUCCUUUACUAGUGAAGAAGAAGUUGAAGAUUGGGCAGCUCACUUGACGAAGGUGACCCGCGCUUCGCGCCAAUGUAUUGGAAUUUUCGCUCAAUCGGUCUGGGCUUUAACAGACAUGGGCGAUCCCUUUGUUCACGAAUCAAAGGUGGAACCAGAAGCAAAAGAUAUUCCUUACCAAAUUGAAAUGACUUCAAAUGCGGGCAACCAAUCAUCAUUAUUUAUCCGCGAUACUCCAGACGGUUUUUACCGUGGUUGUGGAAUUAUUAUAAGUGGUGCCGUGCCCGCCAAUGCAAAUCGUUUUUCUGUUAACCUCCAGUGCGGUCCAACUAUUCAAACCCAUGAGGUAUUCACAGCCAAGCGUGAUGUUGCCUUACACAUUAAUCCGCGAUUCGAUUCCUGUCCUGGAUCUGUCGAAGUCGUGCGCAACUCGUACUCCAAUAAUCUAUGGGACAUAGAAGAGAAAUCGGGGGUCUUCGACCUGCAACCCGGGAACAGAUUUACCAUAUCCAUUCACUGCCAGAAACAACAAUACCUAGUCAAAAUCAAUGAAGUCGUCUUUACGUUUGCAUAUAGACUUUCUCCUUUCAGCGUAUCUCAUCUGGUCGUUAAAGGCGACGUUAACCUCUUCUCAGUUACCUAUUCAAUUCCCAAAACCUCUAUCCCUUCACAUGCAUUGUGGACGCAACUUGGCGGACAUUUUCGCCACGUGGAAGCGUCAUCCAGCGGCGUAGUCUGGGCCUUGGGUCAGGAUGGAACUUGCUGGAUUCACACAGGCUACCACGGGGGCGGGUUUUUCAAAGGAGUUUUUGAUGGGAAUUCUCAUGGAAUCCAUCCUGUCAGUGACGAGGGGCUUGUUAAUCUUUAUGAGAACCAACGUUGGAACCCUGUGGUUCGACACACUUGUUUACAUACCUACUGCCAGAGAAAAUUUGAGUUAACUCCUGUUGUUGUAUACUUACAGGCUGGAUUUUCAGCUCGUGGCUUGCCCACUGAUAGGCCGCCCUGGAGCGACAUAACCGGGUUUCAUACUUACAGUAAAGAAAAUAUGUCGCUUCCAAAUCGAAGUUGGAAAUGGGUUUCUGAAUGGUUGGUUGAUUACCAACCUCCUGGUGGAGCUGACAGGGAAGGAUGGCAAUAUGCGACAGACUAUCCGUCUCGUUACCAUGCACACAAAGGUUCCUUUGAUUACGUCAGACGUAAGCGCUGGCAGCGCAAAUGUCGGUACACAAGUACUGGACCAUGGUUUCAGUUUGGUCUAACGAAGUUAUUAGACGUUUCGAUGCAGGUUGAUCACAGCGGAAGUCCAGAAGAACCGCUUUUAUUGUGGGCUAUUGCAACCAAUGGUUCCAUCCUGCGUCGGGUAGGAGUGACUGUGAUAAAACCGCAAGGUGAUUCAUGGGAAGCAGUGUUAGGCGAGCAUGCUUUCCAAUCUUUGUCGAUUGGAGUAGAGGGACGAGUGUGGGCAAUUACUUCAUUGGGAGCGCCAGCUUUGCGACACAGAGUAACCAACACCAAUCCUGACGGGGUAGCUUGGCUUUUGAUGGAUCGACCCGAAGGCAGUGCCACUCUUCGCCAAAUCUCAGCAGGCGAUACCCAAGUAUGGGCAGUGGACUCCCAGGAUCGCUUGUAUCGACGCAAGGAUAUCGUGCCCAUAUUGCCAGAAGGAACUUCGUGGGAGCUGGUCGAUGAGCAUGUCUUACAUGUGUCUGUAGGGAGACAUGACCAAGUUUGGGCUGUACUGGAUACAAAAGUGAAUGAAACCAAAGUAAAAGAGAAAGGUUCCAUUUGUAUCCGAAGAGGAAUAACUGCAUCUUGUCCUGUCGGCACUGGAUGGGAGUUUGUAAUUGGGGGUGGUUGGAGUUUUGUCUGCAAUCGCGGACAUGACAUUCCAUUUUAACAAAUGCAAGUUUCGUGUUCAUUUGCAUGUGUCAAUCAAGAGAACAGCCGUGUUCAGAUUACUUUAUAAAUUAUCUAAAUGUUCUUUUUUUUUAUAAAUCCGACAUUAAGAAAUCUCAACGAUAUUCUCGCAUUUUGUAGGCGAAUACAAAGUUGCCCACUC